CGGCGGCGGCCGGCGACCAUGUCUCGCUGGAAGGAGGAUACCUCCCCUCUCCCCUCCUGCCCGCGCGGCGCUCCCAACCCCUCCCCACUCCUCCCCUGCAAGCGUCCGCUGCAAUCGCCAUUCCCAUGCCCGCCGCCGCGCCGGCCGCUCGCCGAUGUCACCGGCAACGCGCUGGAGCAGCGGGGCGGCGGGGAGCCGGGCGGGUACGGUUACUCCACUCCCCUAACGAAGGCGCCCAGGCCGUGCGAGUUCCUUCUGGGCGACGACGACGACAUGGACGAGGCAUUCUUGCGGGAGGUGGACGCCAUCUGUGAGGAGCACGCGCGGUCCACGACCAGGAAGGAGAAGGAGAAGAAACUGGCCGAGGAGAAUAACGGGACGAAAGAAGGGCCGCCUGCGGCGGUGGCGGCGAUGAUUGACGACGCCGGACCAGAGAUAGCAACGCUGGAGGAUGCAUUCUGGGAGGAGGUCGGUGCCAUUUGCGAGGAAUGUGAUGCCCAGUCUGAUGCAAAGAGCCAUGAGGAGGUAAAGGAGGAGGAGGAGAAGGAGGAGGAGGAGGAGGAGGAGAGCUUGGUGCUGUCCUGUGGCGAUGCUUCACUUCCUCCUGCUAUUUCCAUCACAGCGGAGGGUGGGGAGUUUGAAGAUUCGUUUUGGAAGAUCAAUGCCAUUAGCAAAGAGCACUAUACCAAAUCUCAUGCCAAGUGUCAGGAGGGUAUGGCGGAGUUGGACAAAAAAGAUGGCUUGAUAGCAUUGUGCGGUGAUGCUUCAGUUUCCCCAGUAAUUUCCAUUGCAAAGGGGGCUGAAGAGCUUGUUGAUGCAUUCUAUGGGGAGGUUGAUGCCACCAUUCAUCAGGGGCAUGCUGAUAUUUCUGCUGCCAAGGGCGAGGAGGAGAUGAAAUAUAUGGAACUAGAAAUGGAGGAAGAUGAAGGGUGUGCUCCAAAGAAGUACUAUGAAUAUUUGCACUCCCUGAAUGAUAAGCAGAGGGAGGCUGCAUGUAGUGAUGUGGCUGUUCCACUAAUGAUUGUUGCUGGUCCAGGAAGUGGAAAGACUUCCACAAUGGUUGGCAGGGUGCUCACACUCCUCAAAGAGGGAAUUCCACCAUCAAACAUUCUUGCUAUGACAUUCACCACAGCUGCUGCCUCAGAAAUGAGGGAUCGGAUAGGGACAGUGGUGGGGAAGGCAGUUGCCAGGGAGAUCGCAAUAAGCACAUUUCACUCAUUCUGCUUGCAUCUUUGCAGGACACAUGCUGAAAAGCUGGGCCGCACAUCUGAAUUCAUAAUAUAUGGACAUGGACAACAACGAAGGGCAGUUAUUGAAGCAGAGCGUUUAUUGGAAAAUGACAAAAGAAGUGGUGCUGAUGAUACAACAAAACAAUAUGAUGGGGACAUAAAAAUUUCUUUCAAAGACAAAGCUAAGAAGUGGCAGAAGUUCAUUGCACAGGCCAAAGCUUCAGGAAGAACUCCAGAGGAGUAUGAAAAGAAGGGUGACUUGGCAGGAGCUUCUGUUCUUAGGCAUUACAAUGAAAUAUUAAGAUCCUGUAAUGCUCUAGAUUACCAUGAUUUUAUAAACUCAUCCAUAACUCUUCUCACGAAGUUUCCUGAAGUAUACAAAGAGUGCCAGGAUAUGUGGCAGGCAAUCGUAGUUGAUGAGUUUCAGGAUACCAGUGCUAUGCAAUACUGUCUUCUGAAGAUUCUAGCUUCCCACAAUUAUAUAACUAUUGUUGGUGAUGAAGACCAGUCCAUUUUCAGUUUCAAUGGUGCUGAUGUAUCUGGCUUCGAUUCAUUUCGCAGAGAUUUCCCAUAUCACAAAGAGAUCAGGUUGAGCAAGAACUACCGCUCCACACGGGCAAUUGUUGAAGCAGCAACUGCUCUAAUUCACAACAACACUAAACGUCAUCAUCAUAAGCUUGUUGAGACUGAUAACCCUUCUGGUUGUAAGAUAACUGUCAAGGAGUGCCAUAGUGAAGAUUCUCAAUGUGCAUUUGUUAUUGACAAAAUCAUUGAAAUUACGUCUAGUUCAGCUGAAAGCUGCGACUUUGGCAACAUUGCUGUCCUGUACCGAAGACAGAUAACUGGAAAAGUGUUCCAAGUGGCCUUCCGCAACCGAAAAAUUCCCUUUAACGUCCAUGGUGUGGCUUUCUACAGAAAAAAGGUGAUCAAAGCUAUCAUGGCAAUACUUCGGACCACAUUACCUGGCUGUGAUGAUGGCCCAUGGCGUCAAGCCUUCAAGGCCCUUUUACCUAGUGACAAAGAAGAAAAGAAGAAGAUGAUAGAUUAUGUUGAAAAGAUUUCACUGGCUAGAAAGUGUAGUUUUGUAUCUGCUGCUACUGACAUCUUCAACGCAAAGGUCUCUGGUACCUUUAAAAGGGCCCAGAUUACUCAAGGACGUAAGGUUUUAUCAACCUUGGAUAGCCUAUCAAAACUUGUUGAGAGGGAACAAUCAGUUUCAGUCAUCAUUUCCUCUGCAGGAGACAUGCUACCUCAGAAAUAUCUCCUUGAAAAGCGUGCAGUUGUUGAUUUUGACAAUGGCAAAUUGUUAAAUGAAGAUAGUGAUAUUAGAUCAGUUCUUCAGUUUCUAAUGGAUGAUGUGUCUGACUUCUUGUCAAUACAUUUUUCUAGCUCAAUGGAGGGAAGCAAGAACGAGGAGAGAGGCUGCACUUCUACACUUCAAGCUUUCAUUGAUUACAUAUCUUUGAGGGAAACUGAAAAUUUUCGAUCCCGAAAGGAGGAAAAUAAGAAUUCCAUCACAUUAACAACUAUUCAUCAGUCAAAAGGUUUGGAGUGGGAUGUUGUGUUCAUUGUGCAGGCAAACGAUUCGGAAAUUCCUUUGUUGCAUGAGUACAAUGGCACCGUGAAAGAAGCUGGAAGCACACUAGAGGAGGAGAGGAGGUUAUUCUAUGUUGCGAUGACACGAGCUCGGAAAAAGUUAUACAUCUUGCAUGUUACAGUUGACUCUAAUCGUCAGCUUCUGCAACCUUCACGUUUCCUCAGGGAAAUUCCUGUUCACCUUCUAGAGGUGCAGGGUGAGGAGACUCUCAGAAAAAUUCCAGAACAGCCUUCGAUGGAUGUUUCUUUCGAUGGCCCUGAAGGGGAUACAUCAAUUGGAAAGCCUAUUAUGGAACAGAACGAAACUUCACCUUGCCCAGAACUGGCUCAGGCAUGCCUUGCUAAUGAUUUCUUGAGAAGGUUUGACAUUGACGAUAGAUCAGUAAUCUCACACAUAUUUCAUCAUUGGGGCAAGAAGCAGGCAUUUCAAAAUCCAAAGAGAUUGCUUGAUAAGAUCAGUUUUGUUAUUGAUGAACGCCUACGAGGUAAAGGAUACAAGCGCAAGGAUGUCUUGCGAAAGCUGAAGUCAUUCCUAAGUGGCGAAGAAGCAUUUGGUUAUGCACAAUAUGUUAUCAAGUGGGAACAAAUUCCUAUUGAGAAGCGGAGCCAUUUAACGAGAGAAAGACAGGAACAUUUCCUAAAGCAGAGGAUAGAGAAUUCCAUGGGUUCGUCAGAACCCACAGCCAAGCAGAUAUCCUACCUCCGGAACCUUGGGUGCACCAUCACUCCGACCUCUCGCUUACAUGCAUCUCAUCUCAUCGAAAAGUACAAAUCUCUCUGACUUAAAGCUGCAGAGCAGAUGCACCCGACCGCUCCGAUUACAUGCAUCUCAUUGAUGGAAGUCGUGUUCAAAGUUCGAACUGUAUAGCUGUAUAACUUAUGUACAUGCUGUACAUAUUAUGAGUGUAGUAUGUAUGAACUCUGUUGUGGACUGGACACUUCAGGGUUGUAAGACAUAGCUCCGUUCAGAAUUCUGUUUGACACCAACUGAAUCUUAACAGAGACCCUGCUUGGCACAGUUUUUUAAUUGACUUCUACAUAGAAAUUAUCAAAUUCCAUAAAACUGAA